GAGGGACACAGAGAGGGGAAGAGAGAGAGAAAGAGAGAGAGGGAGAAGGAUAGAGAUAGAGAGAGAGAGAGAGAGAGAGAGAGAGAGAGAGAGAGAGAGAGGGCGCGGAGGAGCUGCAAAACAUGGUAAUCACCAGCACCAACCUCGCCAUCACCAUCACCAUCACCAUCACCUCCAGCUCUGCCGCGCGGUCUCCCGUCUCCUCUCCUCCUCUGCACCGGGGCUUGCGUUUCAUGCCCAAAGCCCCGAUCUGCGCUCCAAAAAUAACCCUCCUCAGCCAGCAUGCCGAAGGAAGCAAAACAAGACCAGCGGUAUUUUUAGGGUCAUUAAUUUCGACCACGUGGCCCGAAGGUAAACCGGAUGGCCGUUGCGCAAAGGCUCCUCGUCAGUAUGUCCUGCGAGGCCGGCACGCCGCACUGGACGCUGACCGCGGCGCUCCUCCUGGGCUUUCUGCUGGGGAUCGUGUCAGCGUACCCGUUACCGAGCGUCAGGACGAAUGCAACUUUGCUGGAGAAACGAUGGGAGACCCUGUUCUCCCGCUCCGUGCUGGGAAUCUCCGGGGAGAAACCGGAGCUGAACUGGGAGAGCGACUAUCUGCUGGGCAUCAAAAGAGUGCGGAGGCUCUACUGCAACGUGGGCAUCGGGUUUCACCUUCAGGUCCUCCCCGACGGCAGGAUAAACGGUGCACAUAAUGAAAACCAGUACAGUCUAAUAGAGAUCUCCACGGUGGACAGAGGAGUGGUGAGCCUGUAUGGGGUGAAGAGUGAGUUGUUUGUCGCAAUGAACAGCCGUGGGAGGUUAUACGGAACGACAGUCUUCCAUGACGAGUGCAAGUUCAAGGAGAGCAUGCUCCCCAACAACUACAACGCCUACGAGUCUCUGGUCUACGGACGCUUCUACAUAGCGCUCAGCAAGCAUGGCCGCGUCAAGAGGGGCAACAAGGCCACCACUGCCAUGACUGUAACGCACUUCCUACCCCGAAUAUGAUGAGCAAAAACUGGCAAUAACAAACUUAUUUGCACAUGUGGAUUAUUUCCCAGGUAACAUGAAUACUGUAUACCUACGUACAAACACAAAAGACAACAUGGACUGUAAAAGAAAGAAAUACAACUAUAUCUGAUAGUAUUUAUUCAAACUUUAUAUGUAUAUUUGGGUAGCUUCCUUUAUAUUAGAAAUUGUGGAAAUGCCAUUCUUUGCUGCUUUUAUGAUUUUUUUUUUUUCAUUUUGUGAAAUGAAGGGGACAGAGAGGCGUCGUUUAAUCCCCUCAGUUUAUAUGGGUGCUCGCUGGAAUUGGUUGAGUCCUUGCCCUGUGACGGUUCAUCCUUUUUUGGAAAUGAAAUGGAUACAUUAUUACCUCAAAGCACCAUAUCCUGAGAAGAAGAGGAUGAAGAAAAAAGAGAAAUGUGUGCAUGAAAUUUCUACAGAGAGGAAUGCCUGUUUACCGAAAGAGUUUCCGUUGUCGUCCAUCAAGGACUUGGGCACUUCCCCAUCCUCUUGUGUUUGAUUGUCUCUGUCACCGUCAGGGCGACUGGAGCACUUGCAAAUAUGGCGGAGAUUUUUUUUUUCUUGCUUCGUCAUGAGGGUGGCGGUGCCUUGAAUUCCUACUUGCGGCCCCCCUUUACCCUUGCAUGCGAGAAACGUGGCGCUCAAGUCAGAAAUAGGAAUGAAACACAAGUCAUCGCUCCCUUAAAACACCACCGGGAGUCUGUAGCCUAAUUCCUAGAGGGCCAGAGUUUCUCCACUUUAUUUUCUUUCCAUAAUUAGAUCAAUUAAGUAAUCGAGACUCUAUGCUGCACAGGACCCAGUGGAGCGUCUUGUUAAUAUGGAAAGCUAGAUUUAGAGUCCCCCCACCCCCCCACCCCCACGCUCCCAUCAUGUACAAGGGAGCUUUGACAAUCCCAGGUUUUACUUUCACAAACUUUGUAGCCGGAUCUGAGGCCAGAUUGAGCGUAUGAGUGUGUAGUUUAUACGUGGGCAUGCAUUUUAUUUCAAGUAUGUAUGCGGAAGUGCUCGGUUUGAGAGCUGCUCAAUUUUGAAGGUUUUUUUUUCUUCUCGUUGUGGGAGGUCAACGUGCGUUUGUGUGACAAAAUAUCAUAGACCCGAGACUAGGAAGCAACAUGUCCUCCAUUUCUGUCUGCUGUAUAUUUCCCUCCAGUUCAAAUUGAGUUGGCGAAAUCUGUUGCAUCUGGUCUGUAGCCCUUGAUAUUUUGCUAAUUUAUUUGAUUUGUCUCGUCGACUUUGUAGCAAAAAGUGACGACGGGACGCCGUUUGACUUUCGCACUGGUUCGAUGAUAUUUGGCACUUAAAAGUGACAUGUUCAAGCAGAUGUGAGCGACGUGACAGUGGAUGUCACUGUUGUCUAUCUCGCUGUAAAUAAGAUGGUCUGCUGCUUUCAAUGAAACGGAUGGCAGAUUUGGCUUAGAGAGAACUGGAACUGCUUCAGAGUUCAUGACCCUGGGACAUGUGAACAAUACUUCAGGUAACUCGGUCUGUCUGACAUUUAGAUGAUGCGGAUUAUUGAUCCCAGAUUUUGCAGCUACUUAUGCAUUAUUCAGAUUGGCCGCUGAGUCACUGUAUGGCUCCUUGUGAAAAAAAGAAAUAAGAGCAGUGAACCAAAGGGUUAUAUUAGCCAUGUUCAUUUCGGGCUUUGUGUACGCAGCAUACUGUACUUGAGUACUUGAAUUCAACGACUGCUCGCGCUCCUCUUUAAAAUACUGUAGUUGGGGGUGGGGGUGGGGGGCACGGAGGACGAAGAGCAAGCAAAGUUGAAGAUAGCAAUGAUGUACAGAGGACUUAUAUAUGGGUCUCUUCACGUGGCACUGGUUGUUUGUGUAACUUGGCGGGUGAUGUGAAUAAUGUGGGGUAAAAUACCAGAGCGUCAGUUGAUGUCAGAGUGGACGGUCAGCGCAGGGCCUUGGGAUUCUUGUCCCAUUCAUCCGAGCCAUUUUUGUACCAAGGUCAAAGAUAUGAGCUCUCUGUCCUUUGUGUUACGGAUGCAGGCGUGUGUUUUCUGCUCCAUCUCAACCGUCUUCUGUUGUUUUUAAGGAGCUCUGCACCUGUCCGGCUAUUUCUCGCUUAACACAUACAUGGCUGUCUUGUAAUGUGCAAUGACAAUACGAAGGAUUCUGCACCUUUCUCCUGAGCAAAGGCUAUUUAAUGUUGAAAUGAGCCCCAUUUUUUUUAUGAUUUUGAAUUCAGUUAUUAUAUUUGGGCACUUGACCUACAAUAUUCUGUAAGUAGCAAACCGCCAGUCGGGCCAGUUUGGUAAAAUAUGAGUAAAGGAAAGUAGCAAGGCUGUUAUAGAUAUGUUAUCAUAUUUUAUGCCAUGCCCUUUCAAAGAUUACUGUAAUGCACUGACAAAAUGUCUGUGAGCAAAGGUUUAUGUGCCCUUUUAAGCUCCAGCUUGAGUCUAGUAGCAGAGACGAAUGUGCGCUAUCUGGUCAGAACGAGUGUGUUUGUAAGCGUGUGUGUGUCUGUGCGUCUGUGUGUGUGUGUGUGUGUGUGUGUGUGUCUGUGCAAGUGAGCGCGCUCCUGUCAUGUUCUGUUUCUGCCAAAGCGACAGUAGAGAUGGUAUCAGAUCAAUUUACCUUGAGUCAGGAAUAACAGGGCAUUGUCUGACUGUGCGAGCUGAUGUACUGCACUCUCCUCGCAGCGGAGGAUAAAGGCUAGAGGGAGGGACAAAGGCAACACAGAGUAGGGCUGCUCGAUUAUGGAAAAAAAAUCAUAAUUACGACUGUUUUGGUCAACAUUGAAAUCACCCUUAUUUAACGCGAUUACCCAUUGACUUUUGGAAAUAUGUUGCAAUUAUUGAACUUAAAUAAAACAGUGGCAAAGUUAAACACAUCAACAGUGAAAAUACCUAGAAGUGUGAAAUUUCCCUUAAAGUGCUCAUAUUAUCCUUUUAGGCUUUUUCCCUUUCCUUUAUUGUGUUAUAUAUCUUUUUUGUGCACGUUAUAGGUUUACAAAGUGAAAAAGCCCAAAG